AUGAAUCUCUAUUUAGAAGUUUCUCAUGAGAGAAACAUGGAAACCGGCAAAGCUUUGGCCUGGUGUCUGGCAGAAUCUACUAGCCAACACAACUUAUGGUUCAUAAGUGCUAGAAAAGAUUAUGGUUUGAAAGAAUUGGUGAUUCAUUAUGGUGGACAUUGGCCACCUGACCAACCACUUGGGGGAUUGCACUUCUUUGAUUACAUGAAUGGCAGAGAGUGUCACUAUAAGAAAUUUGAUGGAGACUGUUUGAGUAUGAUUGAUCUUAUUGCUGGUAUGGGAGACAAGUUGAAUGGUUUUGGGAGGCGUGAUUACUUUCAAUAUUUGGAUGGUGGUUUUUUAUUGGACAUAUAUGAUGAACAAGACUUGUUGAGGUUUUGGAUUGAUUCGGAUCAAAAAUAAGGAACUCCUGAAGCACAUUCGUUUAUGAUUAAUGUUGAUCCUAUAAAUGAAGAUGCGGGGGCAGAUGUUCAGCCAUAUGUGUCACGAGUGGUGUCUAGAGUUGAUGUUAUUGGUCGCUCAACACAGUCUCAAAGGGAAGGACCAUCACCUGUUGAUAUUGAUGACUAUGAUGAUAUGGUAGUGCAUGAGCAACCACAUGAGCAGAUGAGUCAGCAGCCGCAUGAACAAAUGAGUCAGCAUCCACAUACAACUAGAAGGAACUUCAGUGCUUCAAAGA